GGGGCCAUCCAGCUGUGCCUGCAACAUCGUCACACUCAUGUGUAAACUGCAAGGAGAUCCAGGUCCAAACUGAAAUCUUCCUAACCAUCCCCAUCCAUUUUCCACUACAUACAUUGCAGAGAGGUAUCCUGGUAAAGUACGAAAGAAAAAGGCGCUUGGAGGCUGGAAAGGGACGUUCGUUAUCUGGCCACAAUCGGAGGACGCGAUUCUUCAAGUGGUUAUUUCUGGCAUAAUCUCAGACCCUUUCCAUCGCCAUGUCAGUGAAGUCGGAUGGGAAGAGGAAGUGGGCGACAGUGAGGGGCCAUCUGGGCUCCUCCCAGGACUCAGACACCCAGCUGGAGGCCAACCUGGAGAGUGCAGACCCAGAGCUGUGCAUCCUCAUGCUCCAGGUGCCCAGUGUGGUCAACUACUCUGGGCUGAAGCGUCGUCUGGAGGGCAGCGAGGAGUCCUGGAUGGUCCAGUUCCUGGAGCUGAGUGGGCUGGACCUGCUGCUGGAGGCCCUGGACAGUCUGUCUGGGAGGGGCUGCUCCCGCAUCGCAGAUGCCCUCCUGCAGCUCACCUGUGUCAGCUGUGUCCGGGCCGUCAUGAACUCCUCGUCUGGGAUCAACUUUAUCGUGGAGAAUGAGGGCUACAUCCGCAAACUCUCCCAAGCCUUGGACACGUCCAACACCAUGGUGAAGAAGCAGGUGUUCGAGCUGCUUGCUGCCCUGAGCAUGUUCUCCUCUGAUGGGUACCGUCUGGCCAUGGAUGCCUUGGACCACUACAAGGGUGUGAAGACCCAGCAGUAUCGCUUCAGUGUGAUCAUGAACGAGCUGCAGGCCACAAACAACGUGCCCUACAUGGUCACCCUCCUCAGUGUCAUCAACGCCAUCAUCUUUGGGACAGAUGACCUGCAACAGAGAGAUAAGAUGCGCAAGGAGUUUAUUGGAUUACAGUUACUUGAUAUACUGCCCAAAUUGAGGUGA